AUGAAGGCCUCACUCCUCUCCGCACUCGCCCUUCUGGGGGCUGUCGCCGCCAUUCCCAACCCUGGCACCGGCAACAACGGCAAGGGCAACAACAAGACACCGCACACGCCGAACAGCCAUGCGUCCAACCGCCCUAACGUUCACGCUCACCCCCACCAAUGCAAGAAGCCCAGCCCCAACCCACCUAACCGUAAUGGCAAGACGUGCACCGUCCAGACAUACGGUGAUGGCAGCGACGACUCGGCCCUCGUCAUGUCGGCCCUCCAGAAGUGCAACUCUGGUGGCCAUGUCAUCUUCGCUGCCAACACCACGUACACAAUUGGCACGGCUUUGGACCUGACUUUCCUCAAGCACAUUGACCUGGACCUCCAGGGCAAGAUUCAAUUCACCAACGACACCGACUACUGGCAGGCCAACGGUUUCGACUUUGUCUUCCAGAACGUGACCACUUUCUUCAAGAUGGGAGGUGACGACGUCUUCAUGUAUGGCGGUGGCACCAUCGACGGCAACGGCCAGGUUUGGUAUGACCUGUACGCAAAGGAUAUCUACAUCAAGCGCCCUGUCCUCAUGGGCUACGACGGUCUCACCAACUCCAUCAUCUCGAACAUUGUCCUCCGCUACAGCCCCAUGUACUACCACUUCAUGGCCAACUCGUCCAACGUCCUGUUCGACAACAACGACAUCAGCGGCUUCUCGGCCUCGAAGAACGUGGCCAAGAACACCGACGGCUGGGACACCUACCGCUCCAGCAACAUUGUCAUUCAAAACAGUGUCAUUAACAACGGCGACGACUGCGUCAGCUUCAAGCCCAACAGUACCGACAUGGUUGUCCAGGGCCUGCACUGCAACGGCUCGCACGGUAUCAGCGUGGGCUCGUUGGGCCAGUAUGUCGGACAGUUCGACAUUGUUGAGAACAUUCUCGUCUCCGACAUCAACAUGUACAACGCGAGCGACGCCGCGCGCAUCAAGGUCUGGCCCAACUCGCCCAGUGCUCUCUCUGGCGACCUCCAGGGCGGUGGUGGUUCGGGCCGCGUCAACAACGUGACUUACCAGAACAUCUACUCGGAGAACGUCGACUACGCGAUUGAGAUCACCCAGUGCUACGGGCAGAAGAACCUCACUCUCUGCACCGAGUUCCCAUCGCCGCUCACCAUCGAGAACAUUACGUUCCGCAACUUCACCGGUACCACCAGCAAGAAGUAUGAGCCGUACAUGGCUACCCUGGAGUGCUCCAGCAGCACCGUGUGCAACGGUAUCACUGCCACGGACAUCAAUGUCCUCACCCCCAAGGGUAGCCACCAGGCCACCUGUCUCAACAUGGACGAGACGACGCUUGACGUCACCUGCGUCGAUGUAAAGGUGUAG